AUGCAAGAGCAAGAGGGAGGGAUGGAGGGAUGCCUGAAGCUCCAAGGAGAACAUGGGUGCCGUCGGCUGAGAGGACGCCUCGGCAAAGCGGAGCCUCUGACGGCAGGUCUUCCCAAAAAGGCUGCCCCCCCCGCGGCGACAGAAUGGGAGGCAUACGGCGGCGAGGGCACAGGUCUCACAAGGAAGAGGCCCGGCAAGGAGAAGAAGGUUUUGGAGGUCAAAUCUGCAGACGCCGCGCCCGUAGAAGCGCAGCUGGAAGGGAAGGCCCGGAGCGCUCCCUCGAAGCGCUCGACGCGCAGCCUGCAAGGCAUCAAGCCGGAUGCCGACGAGGUGCUCCAGUGCAUAGAGAGUUUAUACGUGGACAAGCUGAAGCCUUUCGGUCGAAUCCUGCGAAAGCGCGUCGCAGAGCGCCAUGUCCAGAUCCACCUCAAAGAGCAGCACCCAUUUAUGCCAGGAGCUGCAACAGAACUCCCAGACGUGGAUAUCAAGCACCUGAAAGGUCUUUGUGACGACUCUGACCAGUUGGACAUUGCGCCAGAGGAGGGAGGCGACUGGUCCGCCACCUUUCGAGGCCGCGCCCAGGUCUUUGUGGACAUCUACAGUCCCGAAGACGACUACUCUCCAGAGACUUGGCAGGCUGCCAGAGAGUACUUCGCCUCCUUGCCAGAAAGCGAGGCUUUGCUCCCCGGAGGUCGCUACUCCUGUGCGCAGGCACUCGUCCAGAGGGAGCUGCCAUUCCUCGGCGGCUUUACGCUGGGCGAGGUCUGCCACUUGGUGCAGCUGGCCAUCUCAAAGCACAAGAUCCUAGGAUACUGCAACGGCGCGGUGGUGCCUUACAGCCGAUCUCAGUCCCGCGUGAAGGAGGAAUGCGCCGAGUCACAGCAGCCGUGCAUCGGGGCCCCCAAGAAGGAGGAUCCGAGCUCGCUGAGCUCGCUGGCUCUCGCCAGUCUGGAGAAGGCCCGGGAGCACUUGCGGGAGAUCCUCCGGGACGCCUCCUCCGCUCCCUCCAACUCGGGGCCUUCGAUGGUCCCUUUGAGCAACGUGAAGCGCUUGUUCCGGUCCAGGUACCAGAUCGAGCUGAGCGAGACGGCGCUGGGGCACUCGAAGCUUUCAGAGUUGUUGCAAGACCGGAGGUUCUCCGACAUCUGCGAGGUCCAGCUUCAGGGACAAGGCUACAUCGUGGUGCAAGUCCAGGGGAAACCCGAAGCCGAACCAGAGACGGAGGCUUUGGUCCCGAGCCGGUACACCGGAGGACCCAUCGGCCCCGUUCGCGACGACCCCGAGAGCCAAAGAACUCUGGGGAGCCUCGCGAGCUUGGCGGUCGACUGCGCGCUGACGCCAGUCAUUGAUAGCAGCAAGUACGACAGCCUAGACUUGUGCAGAGAGCCAUGCCGGCCGUGUGGUACCCAGCCAGUUGUCGCUCCAGCAAGCAGUCGACUGCGUUGCCCUUACCCAAACAGUUUAAACAUCAACUAG